UGAAAAUGAUUUGCUUUCAAUAUAAAAAAAUUCAAAAUCCAUUGUGUUAAGUGACUUAAAAUACAUCAAACACAUGAGCGAACAGGAAUUCUCAUAUAAGAGACUUUUGCCGACUUGCAGGCUGAUCGUCUCCAUUAUGGCCUGCGUAUCCUGUAUAUCGGGCGUGGCUGCCGGCUAUCUUUUCAUGACCAGUUUAUCAGGUGUCUCUGAAGCGGUAAAGAUUGUGUGGACCACCGGAUCGGCUCUCUAUGCAUUAUCCUCGCUCCUGUUGAUUAUUGCAGUUUGGAAGUUCAUUAAAUGGCUGGCCUAUCCAUACAUGUGCAUGCUGCUCAUGGCCAUUGCCGUCUACACGAUGAUCCUGCAGUGGCUACUCAAGAACCUACCGGCUGCCGUUUUCUCAUCUGUGGCCAUCAGCUUUAUAUUUCUUGGAGUGGCGUUGAACAUGACCAAAAGCCUGGAAGAACUACGCACUUCUCUAUAGAGCAAUGCAAAGUGUUCUCGUUUAGUUUUGGAUUUAUAUUAUAAAUUUGCCGUGCAGUAAUCAAGAGCAACGAAUACACCUACUUUGAUUAAAAUUGAAAAAUUAUAGGUAUAUGAAAAUCUAGCAUGAGAAAUUGUAAAGUUACAUUUGUUAAAUUUGUGUGACUUUAAUUCGUAAGGCAAU